CCCGUCUUCUUGAGCGAAUCGAAGUCUAACCAGAUCCCUCUCCUCUUCUCUCCGUCCCUAAAGGGAAAAAACAAAUCCUCUCCCCUUCCAUCUACACCCAGCCGACGCAAACCCUAGGCCAUGGAUUCGGGCUUUGCCAUCAUGGAUUGUGCCGGGAUAAACCCCAAGUACGCCGCCGGGCGAGAGGGCUGGGCAACCAUCAAGUGUGCAAGUAAGCGCGCAUACGGAUGCGGGGAUACCGGCAACUCGGCGGUGCAGGAUCUAGAUCUCCUUUUGCACCAGGGCGAUCUCGAGAAUCUGUCAUCCUCCCUGUCCGUCCAUGCGGGCGACGAUGUUUUUCGUUGGAUCGACCAGGUAAUCGCGGAGAAGAAGGGCAGGCCAGCGGCUCCGGGCAAGGAUCGCUACUUCAUGUCCAAAGUCGAGAUCGUUGACAAGGGCCUCAUCGUCGUCACCCUGUCCUUCUCCGAGUAUGGUGGUUUCGAUUACUACCUCGUCUUCGACUCCUUCGACAGGUCGCUCUCCAUGAUCCCCUACAUACCAGAGUGGGCUGCCUGCUAUACCAAGUGUCCUCUCCCUCUGCGCCAUGAAAGCGGCUAUUCCCUGGUCCUCAUCGGUGGUGAGUUCAGCUUUGGCCGAGAGGGGCCCAAGAAAUACAUCUGGCAGUGGUCUCCGAUGGCUGCGUCGUGGGGCAGCAUCCCCGACUCGUGGCAGACCCAGAAGCUGUGCCUCCCUUCUCAGAUGAACAAUAAGUUCUUCUCCCCCGACGUGGCUUUCUCGUGCAAUGGCUUUGCAUUCUGGACCGAUCUCGCGCUAGGCACUCUGUUCUGUGACUGCAGCGCCCUGCUCAGCGAGAGCUAUCUCGUGAAAUCCAAGUUCAUCCCGUUGCCCCCAGGGUACCAGCUUGACCGUCAUGAGGAGGGUAUAUGGCCGGUGGAGGUGUACCGGACCAUGGGAUACGUUGGAGGUUCUUUCAAGUUCGUCUCCAUAGACAAACCUCGUGAUCAUUGCGGAACGAGGGUGAAGGUGUGGACUCUGGCAGCACCUGGCCCUAGCCAUAAGUGGACCUUAUACUCGGAGUUCCGACUGAAGAAACUGUGGAAGGACUUCAAGAUGGCUGGAUUGCCCAAGAACUUGCCCAUGUGGCCCAUGUUGAGGGAGCAGGAAGGGUCUACUCUCUACCUGAUACUGGCUGACAAAACCCAAAUAACUGGGCAAAAGCAUUACCUUUGCCGAUUGGAUAUGCCCACUCGGAGCCUCCUGCAAGCCAAACUUCUGCACACACGUCGCUGAUCCUGGGCCCUGUUAAAUUGCCUUCUGGUUUCUUCAACUGCCUCGACCCUCUUCCUUCCAGCCCGGAGCCCAUGUGGAUGGAUGUUUGAUAAGACGGAUCUCUCAUUGGUCAGGUUUGUGUUGCAGGGUUGUUGAUCCUCAAAUGCUAUCAGCUACUAUCCUUUGCUGCUGAAGACCGUGUUUGUGUUUCCUGCUUGGAUUCCCAGCUGGGUCUGUUGUUAGGAAAUGAUGCUUCACAAGUCAUGUCUUACCAGUUGAUGUUUAUGUUCUGCAUUUUAAAGACUUAUAUGUAAUGACUAAAAUGGUGCUUGUCUUGGAGUUAUUUAUCAACAAUCGAAUGCUCGUGUUCUUUCUAUCCAAUAUAAAAUGCUGUUAGUGUAA